GCUGUCAAAUCUUGUCGAAGCCGUGCUGAAAGAACGCUGAGAAAAAUUGAAAUUUUUAUUCAACUUGAGGGAAAAGUAAAAAGACCAAUCUUACACUUUAAUUCAUCAGUUCAAGCGGAUUUAAAAGGAUUGUGAGUGAGAUGAGUUCGAAUACCGAAAGUGUGUCGUUAGCGGAGAUCGAUGCGAUCAAAGUUACUUAUAAAGAGGGACCUUGUGAGCUGCAAAGACAACAGCCCUUUUCGCAAAUCUCUACAGCGGAUGUGUUAGAAGACAAAAGCGUGGUGAGCGGUACAGUUAAUACAUCGUCUUUAGUAGAAGAACCAACAGCUAAACCAUCCUAUGGUAAUACCACUGACCUGUGGGUGGAAACGAAAACAGCCGAUGGAAAAUCUUACUAUUACCACUCUGUUACCCGCGAAACAACUUGGACUCGGCCACAUGGUCCAAGUGUCAAUGUCAUGUCCCAGAGCGAAAUUGAAGCCGUCAAUAAGCAACAGGCUCAACAAAUGAAACAAAUAGAUCAUAAAAUAUCCUUGGAUGCCCCCGUAACAUCCCUUCCUUUGGAAGGAGCCAAUAUCUCCAUGCAACAAACACUGCCUCGAUUCACAGGACCACCACCCGCUAUUGGUGGUCUAACACCAUUCGGUAUGCCUCCUCCAAAUUUCCACGGCUUUACUGCCUGGAAUGCUCCGCCUGGAAUGACCAAUAGUGCACAUGCCUGGAGAGUGGGAACAAUUCACCCAAUUUCAGAAGUAAAGCUGACUGAGGUCGAGCCUUCGAUUGUUGCUAAGGCUGCCAUUUGGAGCGAACACGUUGCACCAGAUGGUCGUACUUUCUACUAUAAUGCUGGAAAAUGUGAAAGCGUAUGGGAAAAACCGCAGGCAUUACUAGAUCUCGAAAAAUCUAAAAUGGCAUUGUGGAACGCGAAACAGAAGUCAAAAAUAACUCAAUCAUUACCACCAUUCCUAGCCCCUCCGGUACCACCACAAAUGCCGCUGAUGUCAGCGUUACAAACUGGCUCGUCCACUGGAUUAAAGUUCCAACAACUUUCGGCAACAUGCAGUUCAGGCGUUGUUUUUGAUUCGUUGAGUUUUACACUAAAAAAUACAGACAAAUCAGCGAUGGAAGAAGAGCGCAAAAAUAAAUUUGAAAUUGACAAGAAGCGCAAAGAUGAUGAGGACAAAUCCAAGUCGUCAAAACCACUGGAUAAAAGUCGUCCCAUUUCUAGUACACCUAUCACCGGUACUCCUUGGUGCGUUGUUUGGACAGGGGACGGUAGAGUAUUUUACUACAAUCCCUCAACUCGCACUUCCGUCUGGGAGCGUCCUGACGAUCUCAAAGAACGGGCGGAUGUAGAUAAAGCUGCAAUGGUUCCACCCCAACAACUGCUAAGUAGCACAGGGACAAAGGGAGCGGUAGAUAUCCCGAUUAGUAAAACCACUACAGUUGGAACGACACAGACACCAACAGUAUCAAGAGAGGAAGACGUCAUAUUGCGCGGAUUCGGCUGUAAUUCGUUUGAAGUCGAGACUACUGAAAAUGGGUCAAGCGGCGACGAAAAUUGUAUACCGGGAAAACUUAUGAAAUCCGAUGUGGAAGUUGCUGAAAGUAAAUCGUUAAAUAUGGCUGUUGCUAACACUGCGAGCAGUUUGUGUGGUGUUAGUGAUCCAGAAAAGGAUACAAUCGCUAUUGAAGCAGAAGUACGGGCUGCACGCGAAAGAACAUUGGUACCAUUAGACAUACGAAUGAAGGCGUUUCGCGAAAUGCUACGUGAAAAGGAAGUUUCUGCUUUUAGCACUUGGGAAAAGGAGCUUCAUAAGAUCGUGUUUGAUACACGCUACUUAUUGUUAACAUCUAAAGAGCGCAAGCAGGUAUUUGAGCGCUACGUGAAAGACCGUGCAGACGAAGAAAGACGGGAAAAGCGUAGUAAGAUGCGACAAAAACGAGAUGAGUUUCGUGCAUUAAUGGAAUCAGCACCCUUACACGGAAAAUCCUCUUUUAGCGAUUUUAGCUUAAAGUAUGGCAAAGAUGAUAGAUUUAAAGCAAUCGAAAAGAAUCGCGAAAGGGAAAGCCUAUUUAAUGAGUUCAUUGUCGAGAUAAGAAAACGAGAGAAAGAAGAAAAGCAACAUCGGAAGGAUCAGGUUCGUAGGGAUUUUCAAACAAUGCUACGCGAGAGGAAUGAUAUCAACAGACAUACACGCUUCAACGAUGUUCGCAAACGUAUAGAAACAGAUAACCGCUAUAAAGCCAUCAUAGAUCACAUGCAGCGUGAAAAGCUGUUUGAGGACUACAUAAAGGAGCUAAAGGAGCAAAAAAGGCGCAACAAAUAUAAAGUAAAAGAGAAGGAAAAAAUAGGAAAAACUGGACGAAACGAACAACUUUCUAGAUUUUCGCAUGAUCAUUCACGCGAGCACCAUUCUAACGACCGCGUUACUUAUGAUGCGAAAGCAAACAAUAAUGAGGAUGCGAUUGUUGGUGAUGUCGAUACUAUCAUGGACAAUGUAGUAGUUAGUAACAAUGCAGAAGAUGACGAAGGUGAAGACUGUAACACUUCCGACGAAGAUGAAAUAGACCGCCAGCAAAAGGAACGUGAUCGAAAACUCCGCGCAGAGGCUAGUAUAAAGGAACGUGAGAAAGAGGUUCAACGCACAUUAGCAUCGCAUCUGAGAGACCGUGACAAAGAAAGACAGCUCCACCAACGGGACGAAGCGAUAAGACACUUCAAUGCACUACUUACCGAUCUAGUGCGCAACUCUGAUCUUACAUGGAAGGAGGUGAAAAAACUCUUGAAAAAGGAUCACCGUUGGGAUCUUAUAGAAAUGCUCGACCGCAACGACCGUGAAAGAUUGUUUAAUGAGCAUAUUGCGAAUCUUGUGCGUAAGAAACGUGACAAAUUUCGUGAGAUGCUUGACGAAAUAACGUCUAUGGAAUUGACCGCUCAAUGGAAAGAUAUUAAAAAAAUCAUACGAGACGAUCCACGUUAUUUAAAAUACAAUAGCAGCGAAAGGGGUGAACGAGAAUUUCGUGAGUUUAUCAAGGAUAAAACGAUGAAUGCCAAACAUGCUUUCCGUGAGCUGCUACAAGAGUGUAAGUUUAUAACACACAAGAGCAUGGAAAUGUGUCGUGAAAAUGAGAACUAUCUACCGGAGAUUGAGGAUAUCCUGCGAAACGAUCGACGCUAUCUCGUAUUGCACCAUAUAGCUGAUGAGCGCACUAAAAUGAUACUAGGCCAUUUGGAGGAGCUUCACAAACGUGGACCCCCACCACCGCCAACUGCAAGCGAAUCACUGCGUCGGAAAUAACACUAUUUUGUGGAAUUUCUUAAUUGGUUAAUCGUUCCAGACCUUCUAUAACUCUUUUUAUUAAUCUAGAAUGAAAGUAAAAGCAAAUAUUUUAGGAUAAUGUACAGUAUUUAACAAAAAUAAAAGGUCUAUGCCCGAAGUAUUUGAUGUAUUUCAAUUUUAAUGUUGUUACUGUUAACAAUACGGCUUUCGUAAUUUAACAAUAUAGCA